AUGGCCAAUGGCCAGGGAACACAGAAGCUCCGCCCACAGGCCUCUAAGCGCAUGCUCUUCCGCCUCGCGCCGCGGCUGGGGACGCAGGGAGGUUUGGCUGUUGUCAUGGGGGACACCGAGACGCCGGGGCAGUCGGGGGGAGUCCCCGCAGACCAAAGAGUUCAGCCGGCUACAGGUCGGGGAGGAGCCCUGGUGGAGCUCACCCCGACCCCCGGAGGCCUGGCCCUAGUGAGCCCCUACCACACCCACCGGGCCGGGGACCCCUUAGACCUCGUGGCGCUCGCAGAGCAGGUGCAGAAGGCUGACGAAUUCAUCCGAGCAAAUGCCACCAACAAACUAACAGUCAUAGCUGAGCAAAUCCAGCAUUUACAAGAACAAGCCAGGAAGGUACUGGAAGAUGCUCGCAGAGAUGCCGACUUGCACCAUGUAGCUUGUAAUAUAGUAAAAAAACCUGGCAACAUUUAUUACCUUUAUAAACGGGAGAGUGGUCAGCAGUAUUUUUCUAUUAUUUCUCCAAAGGAAUGGGGGACAAGUUGUCCACAUGACUUCCUUGGCGCCUACAAGCUCCAGCAUGACUUAUCCUGGACUCCGUAUGAGGAUAUUGAGAAGCAUGAUGCUAAAAUCAGCAUAGUGGACAGGUUGCUAAGCCAGCCAGCGGCCCUGCCUCCAAGCACUGAACCCGCCUUCCAGGGACUGACUGACUGA